UUUGGGGCAGUGACAUGCCACCUUUGCAUAUGACAACACCGCAUUUAAAGACCAACACACCCAUGGAUGCAAACCUGGGAGCUAUCUACACAUCCUGAAGUAAAACUACUGCGUGUGCAGGUGGAGAAAUAAUACUGACACAUGCACCGUACACAAAAACACUUUAAAAAUAGCAAGUGAUAGAGUUGUUUUUUAGCUAAUCUUAUAGGCUAACUAGAAGAUGACCCAGUAGUGAGGAGCCGUAAGGGGAAUAUUUUUACUAUUCUUGCAUGGGGCAUGUAAACUGGGACAAAUACAGUAGUCCAGUGAAAUUGCUUAAUCGAGCUUUAAUCAGCACUUAACUGAGCAGGUAGAUGUACUGAAGAGGUAAGGCUUAGGCUGGAAACCACUAAGUAUAAGUGCACCUUUGUGAUGGUGGAACACAAGUUUCCAUGCAUGAUUUUACUCCCUCCUUUGCUUCUCACUGAUGUCUGAUGGAGCUGAGUGGUGGUCAUAAUGUGGCGUCCACUGCAUGCUGCCUUAAGGUUGUUUCUGCUGAAAUCCUCCACACACAGCACAGAGAUCUGCAUAUGUGCAAACAAAGAAGUUAAUUAGGAGCCUCAGAAUAAUCUCAGGGUCACACUAAGCUCUGAAAUCCAUUCAUGAUUUAAUGACCGCUGACAUGUUGCAUGAUGGGAGAUGUGUUUGCUUGCUCGCUCUGCCAUCUGCAGCUCAUCUUAAUGAGAGUGUCGGACAAAAGGAGGUCAGCGCAUACUGAAAACUAGGAAGUGGCUCUAAUGGCUGCUUACUUGACCUUUGACCCCUCACAACCAUGCUUUAGGGUCAUGUUCAAGCUUGAUGGUUGUUAUAGAGAUGAGUCGCUAACAAGGUGGCUGACUCUCUGUCCACUAAUGAUGACCUCACAGGGCCGCAGUAUUUAUCAGGAAGAACAAUAGACGUGUCAUCUGAAUAUUUCAGAGCCAGCCGGGCUGAGAGUGACAGAUGAGUCUGUCUGCAGCACAGUGACUGAGGACACACACAAACACACACACUCACUUACAGUCAGAGUGUUAUUUAUUCUCCCAGGUCAGACUCAUAAAUAAUAAACUUUACAUCGGACACUGGAACCGUCCGCAGUGUUUACUCAUGCAGCUGCCAAAGAGAUCAAUACAGUCUCAUUUUUACACCUUACUCUUCAGAUUUAAGUCCUGUAAAUCACAUUGUCAUGAUUCAGUGAGUUUGUGAUUAUUGCUGGAGCCUGUCGGGUCCUGGAAGUCAUUACAGAGCAGAUUAAUUUAAACCAUAUUUGAACACUCUGUUUGUCCAUCCCGGUUCAUUGACCCUGGCAGACAUCCGAACGCUACAGACUCGACUGCAGCAUCUGUUGGAGACCGCUUAAUACACACAGCACUGUGUGUGUGUGUGUGUGUGUGUGUGUGUGUGUGUGUGGGUGGGUGCGUGUGUGUGUGUGUGUGUGUGUGUGUGUGUGUGUGUGUGUGUUUGACAGGCUGUACUUUCUGUCUAAGAAAUGAAGUAACCUCAGAAAUUCCAUCAUUUCAAAGUAAGAAUGUAUGCGUGCAGCUUUGUUAUUUCAAAAACUGUUUCAGUUUUGUUCCUGUUAGACUUCCGGAUGUUUUCAGUUCUUACUUUUAUCCAACCAGACCUACCUGAGAGAAACAGGUGGCCAGAGAGAAUCCUUUGGGUUACAAACUAUUCACAGUCAGACUGAGACUCACAACUAUAAUGAUGCCUCAGUGUUAUUUCCAAUUUACACUCACCACACUAACAUGACCAGUGCACUAAAACGGCACACUUUUCAAAAUGAGGCUGACUUCAAACGGAUGAACAGGUGCUCUUCCUCAUAUGUUGAUUUAUCUGUAGGGAGUCAUUUUACUCAUCCUCUGGUGAGAACACAUGGUCAAGUUUUUUUUUAAUUGGACUGUAAACAGCACAGCAUCUAGACAAGAAAGUCUGGGUUGGAAGUCUGAUUUUUCAAGGAACCAAAAUCCAGGCCAUCAUCCCAGACUCUGGGGCCCAUAUAGGCUUCAGACAUUGUGAUGAACACCAAGAGUGGUUUAGGUAAAAUUGCUAGUUUACACAGUGCAGGCCUCGUACUAAGUCUGGGGUCCAUGCUGGUUUUAAAGGCACAGGGUGUGUUAAUAGCUUGCUGAAAUUACUUGAUAAUCACCUGGGGCCUCAUGUAUCAACGCUUGCGGCGCAAGAAAACCUUGUGUACGCCAAAAUCGGCGCACACGUCCAGAUUUAUCAUCGCGAAACGAGCGUCGGUUCCAGCGCUAAUCAACGCAAAGUCAAGAGGUGGUGUAGAAAUUGGCCUUGAGCUGAUACUUGCGUUGACGGUGAUUCGCACUUUGGCGACGCUGUGUGGCGGUGUUUGGUGACUCACUAUGUGACAAGCGUGCACCACAUCCCCGUGGCCGAGCAGCACGUCGCCCCACAUGACGAACCAGCAGCAGACGGAGGGAUGCGAGCUGAUCCCUGCCGGGCCGCCGUCCUCGCGCGGAAGAAUCUCAUCGCCACAGUGUGAAUGGGUAAGAAGUGAAUACACAGUUCAAUGAGCCAAAUUAAUUUAUUUUCGCCACCAGACGCUCAAGGACAUUUACGAGCCGGUCCAGCCGCUCGUUGAUCCCCGCGAUCCCCCUGAUGAUUUCUUCCUGCGAUUGCAGGACCCCCUCCGCGAGGACCCUUCCACUGCGUCCGGGUGGUCCAGCGGAAGCGCCGCGGCUGGUGGACGCUCCACCGCUUGUCGGCGCGCUGAUGCUGGUGCUGGUGCUGGUGCUGGGGCUGGGGGCCGGGGUGGCCCGGAUGCCGCUGGUCCUGGCCGACGACUCCGAGCCGGCGGACGGGCUGCCGCGGGCCGGGGUUCCGCAAGCCGGCGACACGGCCGACACAUUGAUUUCUGUGACACAAUAAAAAUAUUUGUUCAUUUCAAUUCCUGCCUCUGUGUAUCUGUAGCGUUUACAUCUCUCUCCACGGUAUCAUAGGUAAUGUAAUCCAGUAUUUCGAGGUCAGUUAUGCAAAUUACAGUUGUUUAUUGCAUAAAAAGUUAUCGAAAAAUGAAGUUAAGGGCGAAGUAUAAAUCAUGUCUAAAAAUAGACUGAAUCCCAACGUUGAAAUGAAGUAUAAACUUAGACUAGACGUCUAAUAUACGUCUUUUGCUCAGUGGGAUGACAAAGCAUGUGGACAUUUGUGUGACACACCACUUACCCUAUAAUAAUAAUCGCCACCACCCGCUGCUCAAACGGUGUGAGGGUCUCCUCCCCCGGACCCCCACCUGUCUGGCCAGUACUCCUCCGGAGGGCAGCUGUACGCCGCUUGACCUCCACCUUGAGGUCCGACCACUUUUUUUUUCAAUCUUCGCGGGGGUGCAUGUCUCGGAACCCACCGCGUUCACCAUCUCGCAAACUUUCUCCCACUCCAAGCGUUUUUGUUUUGCACUGACAGGCUGCCAAACAAAACACGCUGUCGCUCCUCCACCUCCGCCACCAGCAACUCCACCUCGCACGCCGUAAAUUUAGUUUUUCUUGUCAUUUUGUCUGCGUGCGAGGACAGGGAGACCCUAUUUAAAUAAAUCUGCAUAUUUAUAGGAGGGCGUAACGGGGACGGGCCCAGUCACUCCGACAUCUGCGCUCAAUUCCACGCUGAUUGGGAUUUAUCAAGGAAACACACGUGGAUUUCGGCGCCCGCACACAUUGAUACAUACGGAUUUUUUUCAGCGUGACGGACCUUGCAUGCGCUCGUUUCUGGUAUGAGUUCCACGCAAGUGUUGAUACAUGAGGCCCCUGGUUAUUGAAACGUUUGUGUUUGUUCAUUUAGACUGAGCUUCUUUUAUACGUGGGAGCAGGUUCUCCUCUGUGGAGUCUGACAUUUUACACCUCUAUGUUUUAUGGUAACACAGAAUGGACAAACUAGUAACAUACAUGUGCUGGUAUUUAGUUUGUGGGUGCACAAAAUUCACAGAUUGGAAGAUUCAUUUGGUGAUUAAACUCCUUGUCAAACUGCACACAAUGAUUCAUGUGAAUCCUUAGUCCUGGUUAAAGAGGUAAAAUCCAACAUGCACAGACUUUGUUUAUGAUACUAUUAAGAUAAAAUGUAUGUAGAGUUGCUUUUUAUUAUAAGAGGGAGACAGGUAAAACACCUGAACUGUUUCACUCGCACCUUAGAUGGAUGAAGAGUAUAUGAUGACAGUACUUUACAGGACCAGCUCACCUGUAAUGUAUGCAAGCUUCUCUUCAAGUUCCUUCUCAAACUUUAACGAGAAGAAAAGGAGGAUAAGAACUUUUUUUUUUUUUAGAAAAUGAUGAAAACCAGGAUCAGGUAUUAAUUCACCUCUCACUCCUAAUUCGGAUGGGAACGCGGGGCGGCCCUGCUUAUAACCGCGGGCCGCUGAAAAUGAAGCACAGGAGAAGGAGAGGAGGAGGAGGGGAGCGGCUUGUGAGAAGAAUAAAAUUUCCAUGGCUGAUCUGCUGUAGCAGUUGUCGGGAGGUUAAGGUGAAGGCCAAUCCAGCUGUAAGAGGGGCCAGGAUUAAAGUCUUUGAGAUAUGGAUCCAGGGGCUCUCCGGCUCUCAGUACCAGGGCUUAAGUAUUGUAUCCGUGGACAGACGGAUCAAUACCCCUCGCCUUUCUUUCCCUUCGUCUUCAAGGAGAUUUUUGGCAGAGCUUUCAUGGGGUCCUCUCCUCCUGCCCCCUAAUGACAUGGUGGGAGCUGCGAUCAGGCCGAGGGCUUCAAUCCUGCAGCUCUUCUGGGGCUCUUCAGGAGCUGCAGAGAGGCUGUAAAUCUUAGCUUUGUAUGGAACAUGUCUCUACAAUCAUACUUAUUUCAUGUGUCAUAAAAUCAACAGAACAUAAGCUCUACACAUGCUGCCAAAUCGGAAUAAACCAUCCUAUUUCUGCUGUGAGAAAAUAAUGGGAUCUAUGAGAGAUUUUUUUCCUUUAGAGAUAGACACUUCUGAAAAUCCAUUUUGUACAUUUCUCUCCUUGUUACAGUCCGCUGAAGGAGAGGGUCAUUGGUGGUAUGCACCAGACCUCUAAAACUUCAUGCUCACAUAAAUAAACUCAAAUCUGAAGACAUGGACAUCCAUCAAUCAAGCACAAUCUGUUCGUGACAUUCUCCUCCCUCCAUCCACUGCAGACUCUGACACAAUUUUAAUAUCUGAACCUUUUUUUUUUCCCCCACAGUCAAACAGAAUCUAUUUUACGCUUUUAUUUUCUUAAAUCUCUGACUGCCAUAGGCUUAGACUGCUAUAGGCACAGACUGUUAUAGGUUAAGACUGCUAUAGGCUUAAACUGCCACAUGCUAACACUGUGAAAGGCUUAUGUCUUUGGUCUCGGGCUAUCAUAGGCUCUGACUCUUCCAGGUUAAGACUGCUUUAGACCAAUACUGUUCAUAGCUUAGACAUCCGUAAGCUUAGACUUCUCCAGGCUUAAACUCACCUACCUAGACUAUUCUACACUUAGACUGUAUCAAGCUCAGACUGCCUGGGGACCUGACACACUGAGCUAGUGUAUCUAUUCCUAGCCCUAACUGUAUUUAUCUACAUCAUACCAACAUGUCACUAGCUUUGAAGCUGCCCGUCCCACUGCAGUAACUGACCACAGACCUUUCUAAGAGUCUUUAAGUUCAUUUGUUCAAAGGAUUUCUCUAAAAACUAGGGAUGUCAAAAAUAAAAAAAAAAUCAUCAGAUCAAUCACAGGGUUGCUAUGGAUUAAUUUUGAUUAAUCAUGAUCAAUUUUCACUUAUUUUCAACUCCAUCUUGCAGAGUGUUUGUGUGACACUGUGUCGAUCGACUGCUCUGUUGUGGGUUUUUUAUUGUACUUAAAUUAAAUACAGGAGACUGUGACCAAAAUUUCAUAUGAAUUGAAUUUGUAUUUAUUAUGACGUGUGCUGAGAUGAGAUCAUGAUCUCAAUGGGAUUUUACCUGGUUAAAUAAAAAUAACAAUAAAAAUUACAUAAAAAAAUUAAAAAUAUAUGAGACCUUUAUUUCAGCAAGAGAGUAAGAAUUUCAUCUGGUUGUGUUCCUGCAAGAGCAUAUGUUUAAAUGCUCCCUCUAAGACAGGCUCUGUAUCAGACAUUGUGGUUGACUGUUGCUCUCUUUUUCACUGGCUUAGUCAGUCUCCUCCACCUGCUCUCUCUCUUGUUCUGCGGAUAGAGCAAUGUCGUCUACAUGCGCAGUGUGUAUGCACACCACACACCAAAGACAGACAGAACUUCACAACAAGUGUUUUGCUGUUUUCACAAAUGAAGCCGUCACUUAUCAAAAAAAAAAAAAAAAGUGAGGGGAGACAGGAGGAGGCUGGUGGUGAGGGAGAGCCAACAGAAGGUGCCAGAUCAGAUAGUACUGAUGAUGAAAAGGACAGGGAGACACAGCUGGGCAGCAGGUGAAAAAAAAAUACUACUUUAACCACAAUGGCUUACAGAGUACCUGUGGUACUAGGGGAAAGCUAUGUUGUGUGUUUAUUGUUGAUAGUGCAGCCCAUCUAUUGCAGGCAACUCUAAACUUUUAGGCCUGAUCUACUAAAGGUUUGUGUGUCCAAAAACACAUGCAAACUUGAUAGCGUGCACAAAGCUGAUCUACAAACCAGGUGCACCAAGGAUUGCGUCUGUCAAAUGAGCAACACAGCAUGCACAAUCUAUUUAGCGUGUUUGCCUUUAUAAAUAUGCAGAAUGUAUGUAGAUCAUCAGACCGCACAAAAUUUUGGGAGGAGCAGAUGCAAAUAGAAUCAUUUAGCACCUGCAAUGUAAUUUAUCAAACCCGGGAAUUGGGUCGCUGUUUUGCGUCUAUAUUUAGUAAGGCACUUGCAAACUGGUACAGCGUUAAGCACAAAUGGCUGCAGUCAUUUUGGGGGGAAAGAGGCAAAAGUACAAAAGCGUUUUCCUAGUAAAUGAUGGUUUUGAAAAAUAAUUAAGUCUAAGACGAAACACAUGAAAAAAUUUAUGUUUGUCUUCUUGAUUUUAAAUCGUUUGAAUCUCUUUUUUAUUUUAAAUAUAUUUCCUUGCAUCUAUAAAGCACUUUGAGUUGCCUUGUGUAUGAAUGAUGAUACAAAUAAACUUCUUGCCUUUUAUGCAGUUGCUCGAUUCCACAAAGCGAUAGGUGCAACUCCAUGGCUUCAAACUUUUCAUCUACCAUCACUCUGCUCUUACAAACUCUCCAUUGUGACAGCCAAUAGUGCACGCAAAAUCCUCGUUUAAAGAGGGCAGUCCGCACGACUUUUGCCACUGUUAUCAAUUCCGCACGCAAUGAUAGAUGAUCACCCACAUCACACCAACUAAUAGUGCAAUUUUUUAGUAUGCACACGCAAUUUAGCGUUCGCUAUUUGGGAUCUAUGUAGAUCAGGCCUAUAAUGUUUGUGUAGAGCCCUGUUUGAGCCCCUGCCUCUCACUACCAGAUCAACUGCCUAUUUGCUCAUGUGUGACAGUAACACGACUUGAACAUGCUGCCCGAAAUGCAUUGCCAGAGAUGUUUUGGGGAAUUUGAAUCAUUCUGCACUGCAGGUGGGUUAAUUGUGUUAAAAUUUUUAAUCAGAUCAAUCAUGAUGAUUGACAGCCCUACUAAAAACUGUUUCUGCAGAUAAACCACAGCAGUGGACUGGCCAAACUACACCAGCUUUUUUGACUGUUUCACAUUUCUGAUUGAUGUAAUGUUGGAGACAAUGUCAAUAGUAGAAAUGUUGGCGUAAAAUUUGGUGUCAUUGUUCAUUCAAACAUUACUACACUGCUGAUGGUACACAUCUCAUUUAUUUUGUCAUCUUUGCUUUAAUUUUGUAUUUCUGUCCUGUUGUUGACAUCCUUUAUCUUUUUCUUUCUUGAAGCAGAUGGUGUUUCACCAGUGACUCUGGUCUUCUCUGAUCAGUUCUCUACAUAUCAUUUGACCUCUUAUGGUCAGAUGUAAAGAUAAAACUGUCGGUCCAAAGUUUGGGCAAAAAGCAGCUGAAACCACAUACAUGCAGCUGAAGUGUUUGUGUGUAAAUCCACGGUGUGUCACUGGUUUUGAUUUGAGAUGAUUGAACUCUGGACAUGAAACAAACCUUGACCUUUUGUGAUGUCACAGGCCUCCUCUGAUCUGUGAUUGGAUGAAGACAUGAAUCAAAACGAUCGAUUGACCCGUGGUCCUCCUGAACCCCGUGGCCUGGAAACAAUGAGGAGAGCGACCCCAACAUGUGGCCUGAGACUGGCCAGAAUGGCAAACACCAAUCACAGCACAGGAUUUGAUGAGGUUUGGAGGUGAAUUUUAUAUCAAAGCUGCUCCUUUGUGCUUCAAACCUGGACAGGUGUGAAGCCGCAGAAGAGGUCAUGGAGAGUUUUAUAGAACAAUUUCAAUGACGUCUUUGCUCAGACAGUUGUAGUUUUGACUUCUCGUUAGAAACCUUCAGAUUUUCCUAUGAGACACUUUCUCACACCCACUGCAGCAGAGCCUCCUGAGAGCCAGGACCUUCUCAUGUUCUCCACAAACAGCAGUCAGACUCUGGCGCCUGCUCAGGGCUGGAUUACAGCGAUCAGUGCAGUAAGCUCAAAGCACGCCGGGGCCAUGCCCGUCCCCCUUCAGUUCGCUUUACACCGCUGCCGGCACGCCGUUCUAAAUCCACUCUCAGGGGCACACAGAGGGUAAAAACACGACACCCACCCCUCACAACUCCCAUUAAGUCCCCCUUUCAGCAGCUCCCAUUUUCCAGAGGGGUCAGCGUUCAAAUUUGAUUUCAUGCGCUGCUCCAGCGAUGCAGGCUGGCAGCGGCUGUGAAAGACUCGGGGAUGAGGGAGAGAUUAUCCAGCAGCACAUAAAGCCAAGUCGCUCUGACCUAAUUGAAACCAAACAACCUCUGUGGGCAGCUCAGAGUGUGAUUAAAGCCCGGACCUGGCCACCUCUACUCACUCAAACACUGAUGGCAAGUUUGUAAUAAAGCGACACCCAGAACGACCAAUGAAGUCACAGGGGAUGAAUCCACAGCGAGCCAGACAGCCAGGAAAACAGCUGCUUUAAAUAGACACAAUUAGAGCUGGCUCUCUCUGCCACACAGCAUCACAAUGCUUUCAUUACACUGUUGCUCUGAAUUUCCAAAGAUGGCCGCCAAGAGAUUAUUGCUGACACAUUCCUGUAAACUGUAAAAGAUGCAUCAGGCCCCAGCUU